UGGAGAUCAGUAAUUAUCAUGAACGUAAUUCAUAGUUUGUGACAAUUUGAGAAAAGAUGGCGUACUUGCCUUCUCUCAGUUCAGCAGAUGUAGUUAUUCCACCAAUACAGCAGAUAGGUAAUUAUUUCAUAAUGGAUUCAGAGCAGCUGGUCUCCAACCCCUUCACAGAGAUGAAGCUCGAAGCUCAAACUGAUUUCCAGAAGCGGCGUUCUCAGAUGGAGAAAAUGACGUCUAUCCGCAACAACGUGUGUGAGAAUAAUUACAAACUGACCGAGGACACGUUGGAGCGGGAAAAGAGUAAAAUGAUGCAGACGAUUCAAAGCGAUACGAGUAAAUACAGAUUUGAGAUAAAGUUGCUGGAACUGGAUCGACGUAAACAUGACAUAGAAACCAGAAAGAGGAUCGAACCUAACCGGAGCUAUGACUACGACGAUUCUCAGAUUGAUAGCUCGUCUCAGAGACUUGGCGCCAACAUCACCACCUCGUAUCUUGAGAAACGGUUGGUGUAUCCAGUUCGUCUUCGAUCUGUGACAGAUCUAAGUGUGACUCCCCUUGUAGCUAAAGCUAGACAAUCACUUAAAAGACACAAACUACAUCGCGAUUUGGAUGGAUAUUCACAAGAUUCGCGCUCCCAAACGGCCAAAUCACAUUCACAAGGUCCGCGCUCCCAAACGGCCAAAUCACAUGCAUCAACUAUGUCCUAUUUACGAUCGGCUAGGUCGGCUCCUACAUUAUCCACAAAUUAUAAACGUCCAACCAAGGGCGUCGAUUCCACGACAUUUCCUGUUAUAGACAAAGAUCACUUUUCACAAAGGCACAAAUAUUCAUCAACACGUUCAAAUCAUCACCAACACGUGAAAUUUGCUGGUUCUGAGAGCUCCAGUACCAAGGUGAAUCGACUGGAACGUACUGCAGAAAUACUCAAUCUGGCUUCGGCCCGUAUCUAUAGUUACGAAGCGUCAGACUCAGAAGACGAUUUCGCAGAAUAUGAAAAGGUUGAUCUGAGAGCUAUCCUUUUUGGAAAACCCGAGAGAUGUGACGAACACCACAAAGAAGAUUCAGUGUCCGACAAAUCCCACAAUCAAAGCAUAGUUACCGAUGCAAGUCAUCACAGAGUUCUUCCCAAUCAAAAACUAACUCCUGAACUACUGCAUUCACAAUUUGAACAAAUUCAAAAACGGGUGAACACGUUCCUUAAGGAUUGUGAUACGCCCCGUAGAUAUGGAGAUAGCGACAGUGAUGACUCUCUGGAUGAAGCUGUAUGUGAGAGAGCCAGCCGUUUCCGAAAAUUCUCCAAAACGAUGAGCGAUGGGGAAGAGCGUGGGUCAGAUAGAUGCUUUACUGGGGAAGGAAAUAACAAACGAAAACAUAAAAAGGCCUGGGAGUAUAUUAAAGGGCACAAGAGGGACAGUCAACUUGGAGGAACAUACAAUACUCAGGACUUGGUGCUACAGCGUCUUACUGGUAUAAAUAUCGGCAAAGCAUCCAAAUCUGUUAUCCCUCUUAAUAGUGCCAGCCGCGCUAUGAGGAAUACUCCGACUUUUAAGAUGCGACAAGUCAUUGAGAGACUGAAAGCCAAUCGUACACGAUAUGAGGAACAUGAAAUCAACGAACUUAAGAGAUUGAAUGAAAGUGAAGCUGAAGCUCAAGCUGGAGAAGAUGCUUUGGUAGAGGAUGUUGACAUUGAAACAGCGGAAGAAGAAGAUGACACAAAAGACGGUCAAUAAACUGAUAGCCCCUUGGGUCUCGUACAUGUAUUUUCUGAAAUUGUUAUAAAUAUGUUAAAUUCGCCUGUGGGGUAUUUAUAUACAAAACUACAAGACUAAUAUUAUCUAUUUGAUUUUGGACCUCACUAAUGGCAAGUUAUAUCUGGUGUUCGAGAAAGGGUUGACAUACUCUACCUCGAUCUCGUACCGAUCACUCCUCGGUGUUAUUUGAAGCGAUAUAUUUUGGAUCUGGACUUCACUCGACAAAGAAAUCCGGUUUAAAAUAAUUUUGGGAUUUUGACAUGUCUCUGAAGUAACAGCAAUUGUCUAAAAAGAGAUACCACAGUCACUAGGAGGUGGUGGGUAGUAAGAGAUACCAGUCACUAGGAGGGGGUAGGUUGUACGAAAUGCUACAGUCACUAGGAGGGGGUAUGUGGUAAGUGAUGCUACGGUCACUAGAAAGGGUGGAGGUGGUACGGGAUACCACAGUCACUAAGAGGGGGUAGGUGGUAAGAGAUACCACGGUCACUAGGAGGGGGUAGGUGGUAAGAGAUACCACGGUCACUAGGAGGGGCUAGGUGG